AUGGCUGUCGUGGGCAUCGUCACUGGUGCCAACAGGGGAAUUGGCUAUGCCAUCGUGCGCAAGCUUGCCAUCGAGUAUCCCAGGAAACACCCCGACAGAGCCCUGAUCAUCUACCUUACCGCCAGAGAUGUGAAACGCGGCGAGGAAGCGCGAGUUCGUCUCCAAAUGGACAAGGAGCUUGCAGCCGCCAAAGUCCUCGUCAAAGACGGCGGUUGGGUAGAGAUCAGGUUCCACCAGCUCGACGUCAAGGAUUCGAACAGCCGACUGAGGUUCGUGAUGAAUCUACUCCAGGCCCACGAAGAGAUCGAAUUCCUCGUCAAUAACGCCGGCGUAUAUCUUGAUCACCCAUACUUCGAACCCACCAGGGAAGCGAUCCAAGAAACCCUCCACUGCAACUACUACGGCACCGUCCACCUCUCCAUCUGCCUCCUCCGCCUCCUCUCCCCAACAGCCCGCAUCGUAAACCUAACGACCGCCCAAGCCAACUUCUCCCUCUUCUCCCCCGUCCUCGCCCGUCGCUUCCUCGAGGCCAGGAGCGUGGACGACGUCACGAACCUUAUUCUGGAGUACUGUGAAGCCGUAGCCCGGGGCACGGAGCAAGAGGAAGGGUGGCCGAGUUCGGCGUACGUGGUUUCCAAGGUCGGGGUGAUUGCGAUGACGGGGUUGUUGAAGUGGGAGGAAGAGGUAUAUCGUGGCUGGGACGCUUUGAGUUGUUGUCCCGGGUGGGCGGGUUUGGAUACGAUUGGGGGGAAGGGGCGUACGACGCCGGAGGAGGGGGCCGAGUUGCCGGUGAGGUUGGUCGUGGAUGGGGCGCCGGCGGAGAUGUGGGAUGGUGCAAGUCUGGAUGGAUGGGAGAGUUUAUUGAGUGGGACACAGAGCUACGGGAGCCAGACAUGA